AUGUACAGGUUUGUAUCUGGAGUACCGUCGUCGAGGUUGAGAGAAGUCAGCAUGGCCAAUAUUCACUAUUACCACUCUCGAGAGGCCAAGCAUGAUUUCUGGAAUAUACUGCAUAAUUUAAAGCUUAACGGUUCUAUCCACAACAUGGCAUCGAAACUACCGUCCGUCCUCGCAGCGACUGAGGAGGAGAUCCAGCUUCUCCUGGCUGCCCAAUGCCACAUCGGCACAAAAAACUGCGAUAAGCAAAUGGAGCCCUACGUCUGGAAACGUCGUGCCGAUGGCAUCCACAUUCUCAACAUUGGAAAGACCUGGGAGAAACUCGUCCUUGCCGCCCGUAUUAUCGCUGCCGUCGAGAACCCGAACGAUGUUUGUGUCAUCUCAGCCCGCCCCUACGGCCACCGUGCUGUCCUCAAAUUCGCCGCCAACACUGGCGCCCAGGCCAUCGCCGGCCGCUUCACCCCCGGUUCCUUCACCAACUAUAUCACCCGUUCAUUCAAGGAGCCCCGCCUGAUCGUCGUCACCGACCCCCGCGUGGAUCACCAGGCCAUCCGUGAGGCCUCAUACGUGAACAUCCCCGUCAUCGCGCUUUGCGACACGGAUGCGCCCCUCAAGUUCGUCGACGUUGCCAUCCCCACCAACAACAAGACGAGGCACUCGAUCGGUCUCAUCUGGUGGCUGCUCGCCCGCGAGGUCCUGAGACUCCGCGGCACCAUCCCCAGGACAAGCGACGGCUGGAAUGUCAUGGUCGACAUGUUCUUCUACAGAGAUCCCGAGGAGGUUGAGAAGCAGCAACAAGAGGAGGCCCAGGCCAAGCUCGCUGCUCAGCAAGGUGACGUUGAGGUUCCCGCUGCUGAAUGGGACGUCACAAGCGCACCUCAAGGUGGAAUCAACCCUGCUUUGGCUAGCGAAGGUGGUGCUCUUGACUGGUCUGCCGACCCUCAACCCGGACCAACCGACUGGUCUGCAGAGCCUGCUGCUACUGGAGGAUGGGGUGCCGAGGCUCCCGCUGGUACUAGCGGUUGGGACUAA